GAAAGGAAAGUGCAAACACACCAUCGACUUCACGAUACCACAGCGACAGCGGGAGAAACUUCGCUCCGAUCCCGCAUCGUUGACCCCACGAAUCGAUCCAUUAGGGUUUCCGAUCCUCUUCGUUUCGAUCGAUCUCAAGGUAUCUACUCUCAAUUUCGGAAAGAGUGGGAUCGAUCUUAGGGUAUCUACUCCCAAUUUCGGGGAGUGGUAGUUGGAUUUUGGGGGGGAGGUGGGGCGGGGGUUGAAAUUUUAGGGUUUAGAUAGAAAUGGCGAGCAUCGACAUCGAGGGGAUAUUGAAGGGGAUCCCAGAGGAUGGUAGGGUUCCGAAGACGAAGAUCGUGUGCACGCUGGGGCCUUCGUCGAGGUCGGUGGCGAUGCUGGAGAAGCUGCUGAGGGCGGGGAUGAACGUUGCGCGCUUCAACUUCUCCCAUGGCACCCACGAGUAUCACCAGGAGACGCUCGACAACCUCGGCAUCGCGAUGCACAACACCGGGAUCCUCUGCGCCGUCAUGCUCGAUACAAAGGGCCCUGAGAUCCGAACCGGUUUUCUAAAGGAUGGAAAACCUAUCAAGCUAAAGGAGGGCCAAGAAAUCACCAUUACCACUGAUUAUGGUUUCAAAGGAGAUGAGAAUACAAUUGCUAUGAGUUACAAGAAGCUCCCUGUUGAUCUGAAGCCCGGAAAUGUCAUAUUGUGUUCCGACGGUACCAUAACCCUAACCGUCCUGUCAUGUGACCCUGAUGCUGGAACUGUAAAAUGCCGCUGCGAGAACACUGCAAUGCUAGGUGAGCGAAAGAACGUCAAUCUUCCUGGAGUUGUGGUUGAUCUCCCGACUCUCACUGAGAAAGAUAAGGAAGACAUUAUGGGAUGGGGCGUUCCGAACAAUAUUGAUGUGAUCGCGCUCUCGUUUGUGCGUAAAGGCUCGGAUCUUGUUACGGUCCGGGAGGUUCUUGGACCAUAUGCAAAGCGCAUAAAGUUGAUGUCAAAGGUUGAGAACCAAGAGGGUGUUAUAAAUUUUGACGAGAUUCUAAAAGAGACUGACUCUUUCAUGGUCGCUAGAGGCGACCUUGGAAUGGAGAUACCUGUGGAGAAAAUCUUCCUCGCGCAGAAGAUGAUGAUCUACAAAUGCAACCUCGCGGGCAAGCCCGUUGUUACUGCCACCCAGAUGCUCGAGUCGAUGAUCAAAUCCCCUCGUCCAACCCGUGCUGAGGCCACCGAUGUCGCCAAUGCCGUCCUCGACGGUACCGACUGCGUUAUGCUCAGCGGCGAAAGUGCAGCAGGUGCUUACCCUGAACAGGCGGUCAAGAUCAUGGCCCGGAUCUGCAUCGAGGCGGAGUCCUCCCUCGACUAUGACACCAUCUUCAAGGAGAUGAUAAGGUCCACCCCUCUUCCAAUGAGUCCUCUUGAGAGCCUGGCAUCCUCGGCAGUGCAGACCGCAAAACAGGCAAAUGCCACGCUGAUUGUCGUAUUGACGCGCGGCGGGACCACAGCGAAGUUGGUUGCAAAGUACCGCCCUCGGGUUCCAAUCCUGUCAGUGGUAGUACCUGUGCUGACCACCGAUUCAUUCGAUUGGCAUGUCAGUGAUGAGACACCAGCAAGGCAUAGCCUGAUUCAUAGGGGACUUAUCCCACUAUUGGCGGAAGGAUCUGCAAAAGCAACGGAUUCAGAGUCGACGGAGGGGAUCUUACAAGCUGCACUCCGGUUGGCCGUGGAAAGGCGGCUGUGCAAGCCUCGCGAUGCGGUUGUUGCGCUGCACCGCAUUGGUAUUGCUUCGGUUAUAAAAAUUCACAUUGUGAAAUGAUCGCUAAGGGUGUGGAAGCAUUAUAGGUGUUGUGCUUUGUUGCUUAACACUUGCACUUCUUCCCUUUUUUCUAUACUAUUGUUUAAUAUUCAGUUAAGGCGAUAUCAAUGGUACUUUUUGACAAUAAUCACUUGAUGCAGAUUCAAAAUUCUGUAAACUUUUCAAGUCACUACCCGUAAUUUAUUCGGUUGGUGUUAACAUUUUUAGUUCCAA